AUGUCUCCCCCCGCUGCCAUUUUCGAAACUCCGGUUGCUAGCAACGACAUGGGCAUCAAGAAGGACCUCGCUGUCAAGGCUGCCUUCAACGGCCAGGCCAAGACUGUCGCUGAGCUCGAGAACAAGUGGGAGAAGUUCACCUUCGCCCCUAUCCGCGAGUCGCAGGUGUCUCGUGCUAUGACCCGCCGCUACUUCAACGAUCUUGACACUUACGCUGAGUCGGACAUUGUCAUCGUCGGUGCGGGUUCAUGCGGUCUGUCUGCUGCUUACACGCUCGCCACCAAGCGUCCCGACCUCAAGAUUGCCAUCGUCGAAGCUGGCGUUGCUCCCGGUGGUGGUGCCUGGCUCGGUGGCCAGCUCUUCAGCGCCAUGGUCAUGCGCAAGCCUGCGGAGCUCUUCUUGAACGAGAUCGGCGUGCCCUACGAGGACGAAGGUGACUUUGUCGUCGUCAAGCAUGCCGCGCUCUUCACAUCCACCUUGCUGUCCAAGGUCCUGCAGUUCCCCAACGUCAAGCUGUUCAACGCGACGGCUGUCGAGGACCUCAUCACCCGUCCGGCUCCUACCUCCAGCGACCCCAACGCCGUCCGCAUCGCUGGUGUUGUCACCAACUGGACUCUCGUCUCCAUGCAUCACGAUGACCAGUCUUGCAUGGACCCGAACACCAUCAAUGCACCUCUUGUCAUCUCAACCACCGGCCACGACGGCCCAUUCGGUGCUUUCUCCGUCAAGCGCCUCGUGUCUAUGCAGCAGAUUGAGAAGCUCGGUGGCAUGCGCGGCCUCGACAUGCGCACCGCCGAAGAUGCCAUUGUCAAGCGCACCCGCGAGGUUGUGCCUGGUCUGAUCGUCGGCGGCAUGGAACUCAGCGAGGUUGAUGGCGCCAACCGCAUGGGACCUACCUUUGGCGCUAUGGCUCUCAGCGGUGUCAAGGCAGCUGAGGAGGCCGUCGGUGUCUGGGAUGAAAGGAACGCUCAGAACAAGGACGCUUAG